CUUGGCUGACAUUUUCUUUUCCAGGUUUCGUGUCGAAUGUUUGUGCAUAACGAAGCAAAAUUGUUAAUUAUUUGUCUAAUAUCAUCAAAUGGCGUGUAAAACUAUUGCCAAACGUUGAACAAAACUUUUGUCUACCGAUAACGGAAUAAAUCUGGAAAGUGAAUAUCUAAAUACGGUAUUUAAAGAGGGUUUUCCAGCAUCUGUAUCAGUGGAGUGACGAAAUUCUCUCUUCACAAUGAGCAAACGAAGGAGAACCAGUUCUAUGCAAGAAGAUGACUACAGUGACGAUGACAGCAUUCCGGAGCAAUCCCCAAUGCCUACCUCAGUGAGAAAGAAGAAGAAGCUUGAUCCGAGUGAAUUGUGUCAACAGCUGUACGAAUCAAUUCGUAGUUUCAAGAAAGAAGACGGAAGCACUUUGUGCGAUACUUUUAUCAGAGCACCAAAACGCAGACAGGAACCUUCCUACUAUGAGGUUGUGGCAAAUCCAAUCGAUUUGUUGAAGGUUCAGCAAAAGUUGAAAACUGAAGCGUACGAAGAUGUCGAUGAUCUCGCGGUAGAUGUUGAGUUAAUUGUAAAGAAUGCCAAAGCAUUCUAUAAACCGGACUCGCCGGAGUAUCAGGAUGCGUGCCAACUGUUGGAUGUUUUCAAUGCUAACAAAUCCAAAUUGUUAGAGAGCCAGCAGGAUCAAGAAAUGGGUGAAGUGAGGGCGCGCAAGAUAACCCGGCCACGGAAAUCACUUACCAAUGAUGAUGAGAUCGAAUGCGAUGAUUCGGAUCCGUACGAGGAAUUGUUCAACGCCGUUAUGACGGCUACGGACGAAAACCGAGAAUUGCACCGGAUGUUCCAAUUGCUUCCAUCGAAGAAACUGUAUCCGGACUAUUAUGACAUAAUCGAUCAUCCUAUCGAUUUGAAAUGUAUCGCCAUUAAGAUACAAACGAACGCCUAUUCUAAUUUAAAUGAAAUGGAGAAGGAUCUUUUGCAGAUGAUAAAAAAUGCUUGCACAUUUAACGAACCUGGUUCGCAAAUAUAUAAGGAUGCAAAGAUGUUGAAAAGAGUAUUUAUGACUCGGAAGGCUGAAAUCGAAGCCGGUCGAUAUAGGAAAGGGGCAAACCGGAAAUCCAGAAAUGGUACGAGUUUGAGCGCAAUGGUGGCCGCUUUGAAAGAAGAAGUCGAAACUUCAGACGAUGAUUUGGAUGAUUCGAUGGAAACCGAUGGUGAUGGUCCCCUGUGGCAACUGUUUGAUCAGUUAUAUAACACGGCGAACACCAAUGAUCCCAAUGCUGUAGGCGCUCCGCUGGGGGAAUCGCUGUGGAAAUUGCCCAACAGACGCUUCCAUCCGGAGUAUUACUCCCUUAUCAAGAAGCCUAUCUCGAUGGGACAAAUACGCAACAAGCUGAAAAAAGGACUGUAUUCCAACGUGACCGAUAUGAGUGCCGAUCUUUAUCUGAUGCUGGACAAUGCGAAAAAGUCGAACCCUCCGAACAGCAAGGUCUACAAGGACGCCAUCAAGAUGCAAAAACUGCUCAACCAAAAACUGAUCGACUCCGGCGACUUGGAGGAAAGUGACGAAGAAGAUGACACAGAUUCUUCUUCGAUCGCAACGGCUAUUACUCCAGCGAAAGGUAACGCCUCGAAGAAGGGACGACCACGUAGCUCCACGGUCUCAAUGCAGUCACCAUCACAAGCGGCGGUGCAGCAGGGAACCAGUACUCCUUUGGUCAAAUCCGGCAAUCGACAAUCGCUGCUCGCAACGCUAAAGAAAAAGCUACUUUCGUUGCACGAAUUUCUGGUGGAGUACACAGUCAACGGCCGUCAACCGAUGUCGCUAUUUAUGGAAAAACCAUCGAAAAAGCUCUACCCUGAUUACUACCAGGUAAUUCAACAUCCGAUGGACAUGACUACGAUAGAGUCCAACAUGAAAUCGGAUCGAUAUGGAACGUUGGACGACGUCGUGGGAGAUUAUCGGCUGAUGUUCUCCAACUGUAGGAAGUAUAAUGAGGAGGGUUCGGUGAUUUACGAGGAUGCGAACAUAUUGGAGAAAGCGUUGAAUGAAAAACUUAAAGAAUUUUCAAGUAUCAGCAAACGUUUCAGCACACCCAAAGUUUCAAGGCCCCGAAACAAGCUCAACACGUUGGAGUCUAAGCUGAAACAUCUGUACGACACAGUCCGUGAAUAUCGGGAGCCGAAAGCGAAUCGGCAGCUGUCUUUCAUUUUUGUGAAACUGCCUUCCAAAAACUGUUCCGUUUCACACACCAUCACCGCUGGUUGUGUUGGAUGGGCAUGUGGAAAGAAAAAGGAAUAUCCUGACUACUACGACAUCAUCAAAAAUCCCAUCGAUAUCGAGAGAAUUGAGCAGAAAUUGCGGAAGCAGAGCUACGACAGUGUAGACGAGAUGGCGGCAGAUUUUAUGUUGAUGUUCGAGAAUGCUUGCAAGUACAACGAACCGGACUCACAGAUAUACAAGGAUGCACUCUGUCUGCAGCAGCUGGUGAUCCAAACCAAGCAGGCACUGCGCAGCGAUGAAACCGUUCCGGAUGUUCAGCAGGCCAUUCGGGAGCUGUUUUUGUCACUGUUCACUGCCCUCUACAACUAUCAGGACGAGGAAGGCCGUUGCUAUUCGGAUUCUCUGUCAGAACUGCCCGAGCAUGAUGAAUCAACUGACGGGACUAAGGUCCGUGGAAUUUCGCUGGAUUUGAUCAAACGACGCCUAGACAAGGGUUUGUACAAACGGUUGGAUCUGUUCCAGGAGGAUAUUUUCGCCUGCCUGGAGAGAGCACGUAAGCUGAGUCGAACCGAUUCCCAAGUGUUUGAGGAUUCCAUCGAGUUGCAGUCGUUCUUCAUUAAGAAACGAGAUGAAUUAUGCAGACACGGUAAGGUGCUGGAAUCACCCGCUCUGAGCUACAACGCGAUGCAUCUGAGUGCAUCUGUUGAGGCACUGCGACAGACGAAGCUUUUGGAGGAACAGUUCUACGCUGAUACCGAGUCGGAUGCUAUGCAACCAUCCCAAGGGGAAAGCAUGACCAUGGACCAGAAGGUUUACUAUCCUGGCGAUUUUGUUUACAUAGAACUCCCGGACAAUAAAAUCCCCGGAAUCAUGUACAUUGAGCGUCUGUGGACUAACAAUGACAAUGUCAAGAUGAUGUACGGAAACAUGAUGCUCCGGCCGUACGAGACAUACCACGUCCAAACCCGCAAAUUCAUGCAACAGGAGGUGUUCAAAAGCGAUCAGCACCAGGCGGUUCCGCUGUCCCAGGCGUUGAACAAGUGUUUCGUGAUGCACGUGAAGGAAUACUUCAAGUUGCGCCCGGAAGGCUUCGCCGAUAAGGAUGUGUUCGUGUGUGAGUCAAAGUACAGCUCGAAGGGUCGGUUUUUCAAAAAGAUUAAAACCUGGAAUUUGGUUCGAGCCAACGAUCCAGUCAUACUGGUUCCACGGGAUACACCACUAGAAGUGAAACGGGUGAUGUCCGUGUUCAAGGAACGCGUUGAAAAGCACAAGGAGGAGCUCUCCGAACUUCAGAUGCAGGAAGCGAUUGCGGAAAAGGAAAAACCUAAUGUGGUUGUUUAUGUGAAUGGUGGGGAGGAAGGCAGCGUUUACUUCGAGCAGUACAACACGGUUUGUGGAGGCACUGUGAAAACGGGUGAUUUUGUUUAUGUGGCAACGGAAAGCGGAAAGCAGUCAGUAGCUCAGGUUCAAUCCAUCUGGGAGACUAAAGAUGGAAAAUCUUUUUGUCGUGGUCCGUGGUUGCUCACUCCUCCCGAAGUUCCGGGCACAAUCAGUCGAUUGUUCUUCCGCCAGGAAGUGCUGCUCUCAACAGUUCAGGAAACGUCUCCCACCGUCGCAAUUGUUGGUCGAUGUGCGGUUUUAGAGCACCAUGAAUAUAUCACAAGACGCCCAACCGAGAUCGCCGAAUCAGAUGUGUUGCUCUGCGAUUCAGUUUACGAUGAGUUGAAGAAACAAAUUCGGAAGUUAGGGCCGGGAGGAUUGAAGAAAUACAACCACUCGCAAAUGGUGACUACCGACGAGAUAUAUCAUUUCAGACGCCCCAUCAAUCCGCCUAAGGUCACAUGCGGCGAAAUUGCCGCACUGCAGGAAAACAGGCCAAUUCCUACAGCUGAUUUGGAAUGCAAAGACGAGUUCGGUAUCAUCGAUGAUUCAAUCGAUGGGCCUCCGUCGAUCGGUUCCGAUGUUGUGGCUACCGCUUCGCCGGUGCCCCCGAGUACGAUCAGCACGCCGCAGACAGCCAGCAAGAAGUCCAACAAAACUGGCAAAAAGUUGGUCACGGGAUACAUUCUCUACUCGUGCGAGCAUCGUAAGACGAUUUGCGCUAGCAAUCCGGAGGCAACAUUCGGCGAGGUUUCGCGUAUCGUUGGCAAUGAGUGGCGCUCGCUUAUGGAUCACGAAAAAGCGGCUUGGGAACAGCGGGCAUCGAAGAUGAAUGAGGAGAAUGCGGCCAAGCUUGCAGCGGAAGCGGGUGACACGAAUUGCCCAAGUCCGGCGCCUACGAAACCCGAAGGACCGAUUGUGCAAGAGAUCGUGGCGAAUCAUGUAUACGAAUGUCUUUGGGACAAGUGCGACCAUCAAUUUGAAGAUCCGUUCGACUGUAUGGAGCACUGUAUCACCGACGUGACCGGUUGCGUGUACAAAACAUUCAUGAAAGCCACCGAGCAGGAGUUUUCAUGCAUUUGGCGAAAUUGCGUCCGAUUACGCCGUAAUAUGCCUCCCUUUCCACAUAUGCAGCGAUUGGUGAAACACGUCCGUGAAGUUCAUUUGACAAAAACCGCCGCUAAGCCUGUGCAGCCACAGGAUCGUGGAAAGAACUUUGUGGCUGCCAAGAGACAAUCUAUUUCGCAGCCCCAUCCAUCAACGAUCAAGCCGCAGCCGGUUCCGGUGGCCGCGGGAAGUCCGAACAUAUCCCAGAGUGGAGCUUCAUCGAGUGGCGCCACCAGCUCCGGGUCGGGAACAAGCACACCCCUAGCCAACCAGACACAACCGGUCGGAGCCGCUGCUGCCGGUACCAGUGCUAGCAACCAGUCAAGUAAUUACCAACCUGCACCGUUUUAUAAUUUAUCUUCUCAACCAGUCGUUCCAGCUCCACCGGCAGAACCGCUGUUUGUCACGGUGCCACCCAGACCGCAACGGGUUCUCCACUCGGAAGCGUACAUUCGCUACAUCGAGGGACUACAGAGUGGCUCGCAUUACAUUACGCCCUGGCAGAAGACGUUGACGGCCACGCGGGAAUCCAUACCGAACCAGGAUGCGAGCCGGCUGCCGGUACACUGGCUUGGCAAGAAAGGACGAGAAAAACCAGAAGCCGUUGUCGAUGCACUCUGGCAGCUGCGUGGAUUUCUAAUGAAGGAUGUCAUUCAAUUUAAUCGGUUCUAAGUCUCAGCCUGACCGAUGAUGGUAAGAUCAAUUAUUUUUACGAGACAAUGGGACGUUACAAGAAUUUUACUAUUGAAGAUGCAUAUACAAUAUUUAUGCACAUUUUUAUUGUCUAUUUGUAUCAUGCAAAUUAUUAUUGUCUAAUUUAAGAUUUCAUUCAUUAACGAUAAACGUAUUCCACUUA